GCCAUGGCUGCGCCGUCGCUCCUGCUGAUCCGCGGGGGGCGCGUGGUCAACGACGACUCCUCGCAGGAGGCCGACGUGCUGGUGGAGGACGGCGUGGUGCGGGCGGUGGGGCGCCACCUGCUGCCGCCCGGGGACGCGCCCGCCGGGCUGCGGGUCCUCGACGCCGCCGGCAAGCUGGUCCUGCCCGGCGGCAUCGACACGCACACACACAUGCAGUUCCCCUUCAUGGGCUCGCGCUCCGUGGACGACUUCCAUCUGGGCACCAAGGCUGCCCUGGCAGGAGGCACCACCAUGAUCAUUGAUUUUGCUAUUCCACACAAAGGCCACUCCCUCAUUGAGGCCUUUGACACCUGGCGAAGCUGGGCUGAUCCCAAAGUCUGCUGCGACUACAGCCUUCAUGUGGCGGUGACGUGGUGGAGUGACCAGGUUAAAAAAGAAAUGAAAAUCCUCACCCAGGAUAAAGGUGUGAACUCCUUCAAGAUGUUUAUGGCUUAUAAAGAUAUGUACAUGGUGAGGGAUGUGGAGCUAUACGAGGCCUUCUCUCGGUGCAAGGAGAUCGGAGCCAUUGCUCAAGUUCAUGCCGAAAAUGGAGACCUAAUUGCGGAGGGAGCAAAGAAGAUGUUGGCGUUGGGGAUAACGGGUCCCGAGGGCCACGAGCUGUGCCGUCCGGAAGCGGUGGAGGCAGAAGCCACGCUGAGGGCCAUCACCAUAGCCAGCGCCGUGAACUGCCCUCUCUACAUCGUGCACGUGAUGAGCAAGUCCGCGGCAAAGGUGGUGGCGGAUGCCCGGAGAGAUGGGAAGGUGGUCUACGGAGAACCCAUCGCAGCAGGUCUCGGCACGGAUGGCACCCACCACUGGGAUAGAGAAUGGCUCCAUGCUGCCCACCAUGUUAUGGGUCCACCCCUGCGACCGGACCCUUCGACGCCUGACUUCCUCAUGAAUCUGUUGGCUAACGAUGACCUAACCACAACAGGGUCUGACAACUGUACUUUCAACAGCUGCCAGAAAGCUCUUGGGAAGGAUGAUUUUACCAAGAUUCCCAAUGGAGUGAAUGGUGUUGAGGACCGGAUGUCGAUAAUAUGGGAAAAAGGCGUGCACAGUGGCAAGAUGGAUGAAAACCGGUUUGUGGCAGUUACCAGCACAAAUGCAGCUAAAAUCUUUAACCUCUAUCCAAGAAAAGGAAGAAUAGCUGUGGGCUCAGAUGCUGACAUUGUGAUUUGGGACCCAAAAGCCACAAGGACCAUUUCGGCAAAAACUCAUCAUCAGGCCGUCAACUUCAACAUCUUCGAGGGCAUGGUUUGCCAUGGGGUGCCCCUGGUGACUAUUUCAAGAGGCAAAGUGGUAUAUGAAGCUGGAGUUUUCAGUGUCUCAGCAGGAGAUGGGAAGUUUAUUCCUCGUAAACCGUUUGCUGAAUAUAUUUACAAACGGAUCAAGCAGCGGGACCAGACUUGCACACCUACCCCCGUGAAGCGUGAACCCUAUAAAGGCGAAGUCGUCACACUGACAUCCAGAGGGACAAAAGAAGACUCCACACAUGGGACCAGGAAACAGGCCCAGCCCUGACCACGUGCUGUCGGUAAAAUCAGAGGAAAGGAUGCCACUGUUCCCAUCCCAGUUAAAUGCUGUUAGCCCGUGGAGAAGCAAGCCUUAUUUCAACUCCGUAAGAUCCUUUUGAAAGAAUAAUCUCUCUCGGCUUCUUUGAUUUCCUUUCAGAAGCAAUUGCUGUCUUUCUUACUGUGACUUUGUUGCUGUGUAAUAUUGAAGAUAUAAAUGAAUAUUAUUGUGAGAGAAAAAGUCUGUGUGAAAAUUCAUAGACGAUACUUUAAAAUGUCAUCUUUGCUUGUACUAAAUUUCUUACUUUGAAUUUUUAAAAAUCACUUUCCCUUUUAAAGUUUUAUAAUGACUACAUUUAUUUAAAUAAGUGUAGUUAUUUAAUGGCUAACUCUGUGAUUUUACAUGCUAUUGUAAUUCAUAAGCAUUUAGAUCUUUAUUGUAAUUAAUAAACAUUUAGAUCUUCAUUUUA